GUUUCACUGAAGUGUUUGCAAAAAAUAGUUAUUAUUUUUCAAGCAUUUUUGAAACAUAUAUUGAGAUUCACAUAGUUUUCAAACAUUUUAUUUGUAUUGAAAUUCUUGAUUGGCUUAAGAAAUGACAACCAAAUUAUAUUUGAAUUAUUCGAGUCCUUUCUGUCGGUCAGUCCUAUUUGUAGCCAAACAUCUGGGCAUUGAUUUACACGAAGUGAACGUGGAUUUAGUGGACAAACAGCAACUGCGACCGGAAUUCCUUAAACUGAACCCACGACAUACCCUUCCCACACUCGAGGACGAGGGUGUAGUUAUCUGGGAAAGUCGUGCAAUCAUUCAAUACCUGUGCAACAAGUACGGCCGAAAUUCGCAACUUUAUCCCACAGACCCGGCUGAAAGGGCCAAAGUGGACAUGGUGCUAGACUUUGACCUAGGCACACUGGCGCCCGCACUUAAAGCCGUUCGGGUAUUGUACCCAAUUAAUUAUAUGAACAGGNGCAACAAGUACGGCCGAAAUUCGCAACUUUAUCCCACAGACCCGGCUGAAAGGGCCAAAGUGGACAUGGUGCUAGACUUUGACCUAGGCACACUGGCGCCCGCACUUAAAGCCGUUCGGAUAACAAAACUGGUUACAAAUAACUCUACUAAAGGGGCCAAACCUACUGAACAACAACUGACGACAUUGAAGGACAGCCUAACUGUGUUGGACUCUAUGAUCGACAAAAACGGCGGUUACAGCGCCGGCAAACACUUGACUAUCGCCGACCUCUCACUUAUACCGCAGUUCUUGACGGUAACCACCGAAGAGUUGGCCGACUAUACGCACGUCAGGCACUGGUAUUCAGAGAUCACCGCCAAAGAGAUGCCGUAUUUCGACGAAAUCAACUCAAAGGCAGUGAAAUCCAUUGAAGAGAGGACUCGUAGGCUCACAGAGAGGGCUGAUAAGAGUUAAUUAGAUUUACUGUUAAUUUGACCACUUUGGUGAUACACUACAGUUUUAAGCAAAAUAAAUUUAUACUAAAGUAAAAGUUAAAUUAAUUAAUCGUUGAAUAAAACAAUUUUUAAAUAUUGAAA